UCAACAGUUGGCUGGUGACGUUUGGCUUCCAGCUGUACAACGUUAUACCAGGUUACCGUAAACCCUCUACUGAUACCAUGGAGCCGUCCUACGAGCUAGUCAGAACACAGAUCAACGCUCAGGAGUGGGACAGCACUAAGUCUAUCCUUGGCGUGCAGUGUGAGGUCCAGAGACAGCUGAAGGCCUUCGUAAAGCUGGAACGCUUCGGACAGAUUUAUGGUGCCAGCGCUGCAGGCUGCCCCCAGGCUGCCCCAAAGACCCUCUUCGCCUCUGGAGGAUCCAUCUUCGGCAAGGGCGUGAAGUUCGCCAUCCGCGAAGGCCGRAUCAGCACUGACAUUAUCAGCCUGGCCAAUGAGGACGGUCGACGCAUGGCAGCGGUUCUCAACGACGCGUUCUACCUGCAGGARCUCCACUUCACCGUCGACGGCAGGGACACACAUUACUUCCUCAAGCUGGGGUCCGUGGAGGGCGACCUGUCACUCAUCGGGAUGACCGUAGGACGCCGUACCCUGGAGACAGGCGUCAACGUGACGGUGUCUCAGGUCAACGCCGUGCUGAACGGCAGGACUAGGCGCAUCACGGACAUCCAGCUUCAAUACGGCGCUCUGAACCUCAACACGCGGUACGGUAGUUCCCUGGAUGAGGAGAAGGCCAGGGUGCUGGAGUUAGCCAGGCAGAGAGCUGUAGCCCAGGCCUGGACCAGGGAGCGCCAGAGACUGAGGGAGGGAGAGGAGGGCUCGCGCGCCUGGACGGAGGGAGAGAAGCAACAGCUGCUGGGGUCGGGGAAGGUGGCAGGAUACGACGGGUACUACGUGGUGUCUGUGGACCAGUUCCCGGAGCUGUCGGACAGCGUCAACAACAUUCACUUCAUGAGGCAGAGCGAGAUGGGCCGAAGGUGACAUGAUCAACAACUGGAACCUGUUUAGCCACUGGAGCGAGAGGUGUCUUAAAGGGAACCCUAUUCCCUAUGUAGUGCACUACUUUUGACCAGCCCUAUGGAACCCUAUUCCCUAUAUAGUGCACUACUUUUUGACCAGGGCCCCUCAGCCUCUGGGGUAGUUCACUAUAUAGAGGAUAGGGUGCCCUUUUGUUCAGACGCAGCGUUGGUGGCCACAAAGUAUAACUAAGGACUUGUUGCCAAAGACAGUUACAUACAUGAACACCUUGUAAUUUUCUGCUCCUUUGACGUGUGCUUAACAUGAUACACUGAAUGAACUCAAAAAACAUGGUGUGGCAGACACCUGGAAAUCAGUUGCUGAACACUGUAUUUUACCGUACAGCUACUUCUCCUUCAGAAAAAGAGAUUCAUAAGUCUUUGCUGUUCAAGUGUGGCUGCUAGAGAAAGACAUUCUGCCAUAUCUAUUCUGUCUGUGACUUAUUUUUGGCAAUCUGUUUCCCCGUCCCUGUUGGUGACUGUGUUAAAAGGGACUGGGCUGGAGAGGAGAGGAGAGGAGAGGAGAGGAGAGAGGAAUGUGAGACAAGAGGAGAGAGUGAGAGGGGAUG